UUCAGAAUCAAAAUUUUUUAAAUUCAAAAGUUCAAAAGGACUGAGUGAAAAGCACCAAGAAGAAACUCGAAAGAAAUUGGGCAUGUUAAAAAGGUACACCUCCAUUAUUGUCCUCCAUCUUAUUAACUUUAUUGACUAUAAAUUGGAAGCUCCACCGAAGUUGCCUGUACGCUUUGAACUUUCAAUUAAAUCCCGUGAGUCCCGCAAUACACACGUCCCUAUAAUAAACAGCCCUUUUCUCCUUUUCCAAUAUAACGCCCUGGUUCUCCUUUCGUAAAUUUUUGUGGGAGGAUGAUCUGGUGGAGAAAGCUUUUCACAUUAAGAAUGUAAUAAAGGCUUUUAACAUUCGAGGACCGCAAGGCUUUGUGCGAAUUUGCUAGUAGAAACUAGAAAGUAUUUCAACAGUGUCUAUUGGAGACACAGAGAGAGGGCUGACCCUGCUAAGUGCGAAGUGAGCUCCCAUGGCGAGCUCAGAGACCAGAACGAGCACAAGCAAUACAUAUGGAAGUGAGUAUCAGGUGUUCCUGAGUUUUAGAGGGCCCGACACUCGUCGUGGAUUCACUAAUUGCCUCUACGUUACCUUGGAAGAUGCUGGGAUUCGUGUUUUCAUCGAUGACGAGGAUCUUCGACCGGGUGAAAGAAUUAGGGACAACCUUCUACGAGCGAUUGACGAUUCCAAGGUCUACAUACCCAUCUUCUCCAAAAACUAUGCUUCAAGUCACUGGUGCCUUUGGGAGCUUGCGAAGAUGGUGGAGAACACCUCUAAAUCUAAAGAAGGUGGGAAUAAGAAAGUCAUAUUGCCCAUCUUCUACGACGUGAAACCUGAUGACGUGAAGCUGAAAACCACGUUGUACAGCGAAGCCAUAUUGAAUUUGGAGCAAAAGAUGGAGGAUCAGAAGAAGAAGUUCAACUCUGAUGAUGUAGAGACGUGGCGGCAGGCUCUCAAAGAAGUUGAUCGCACCAAGGGAUGGGAGCUGGAGGAAUCUCAAGGCCAUGGGGAUCUUAUCAAGUUGGUUGUUAAUGAGGUCGUGAAUAGGCUCGAGACAAGACAAAGACAAGUGACUAAAGAUUUAGUUGGAAUGGAGGAUCAAAUAGCUGCCAUAAAAAAAUUAUUAGACAUCAAUCGUGGUGGUGUGCGGAUAAUUGUAAUCUACGGGAUGGGCGGCAUUGGUAAAACAACACUCGCCAAGAUUAUCUUCAACCAACUAUGUCCUUGCUUUGGGAGAAACUGCAGCUUUCUUGAUGACGUGAGGGAAACGGCAAAAACCAAGGGCUUAUUAGAGUUGCAAAAAAAAUUAUUGUCUGAUAUCUCUUAUUAUAGAGAGGCUCCUAACAUUGCCAACAAUGAUCUAGGGAUCAUUAAGAUUGGAGAAACAGUUUGCAACAAGAAGAUGCUAAUUGUAUUGGAUGAUGUUGAUGAGGGCAACCAAAUCGAAAAUCUAAUCCCAGUGAACUCUUUGUGUCUUGGUACUAAGAUACUCGUCACCACUAGGGACAAGAGCGUUCUAAAUAUCAGGGGAUUUGAGAAUAAAUUCAAGGAUUAUGAAAUGGUGGGGUUGAGCGACAAAGACGCACUCAAACUUUUUAGUAGGCAUGCCUUCAAUGACAACUCUCCUCCAGCCAAUUACUACACUCUUUCAAAAAGCAUUGUGUCUACUGCAGGUGGACUACCUUUAGCUCUUGAAGCAAUAGGUUCAUCGCUUUUUGGUGAGGAAACAAGAGGAAUAUGGGAAGAGUGGCUACAAAAGCUAAAGAAAACACCUCAUGAGGAUGUCUUGGGAAAGCUAAAGAUUAGCUAUGAUGCCUUAGAGCCUAAACAUCAACAGAUAUUCCUGGAUAUUGCAUGUUUUUUCAUUGGUGAGGAUAAGACUAAUCCAAUGUACAUGUGGAAAGAUCGUGAGUUUUUCCCGGAGCGUGCCAUCAAGGUCCUUAUUAAGAGGUGCAUGAUAGAGGUUUUAGACGAUGAUAGGUUUGGGAUGCACGAUCAAUUUAGAGAUCUUGGAAGGGAAAUUGCCAAACAAGAGCAUACCAGGUUGUGGGAUGAAAAAGACAUCAUUCGCGAAUUAAGAUUAACAUCAACAGAGAUCAAGGAAGGCGUUCAAGUUGAAGCACUCUGUUUGCGAUCAUUAAAGGAUCGUAUAACUGUCACCUCGGAGGAAAUUAAGCGGUUCCCACAUAUACGGUUUCUUUCUUUGUAUAACGUAAACUGCCAAGGUGACUUUACAGGCUGUCUUUCCAAGUUGAGAUGGAUCGAUUUGUGUUACCCUUAUAUUCGUAUUGAUAAAGCCCGCCGUAAUCAACAUUUGGAGGCAACCAAUUUGUCGCAUCUACAAAACGCGGUUGUGGUGAAUCUUUCUGGGCUUCAAUUCACAGAUGAUGUGUUCAAGAGCCUAAUCAAGAGGGCAAGGAAAUUGAAGGUUCUCGCUAUUAAGAAUAAUGACUUGAUCCAUUGGACACCAACCUUUCCAAAGGACUCAGUUUUAGAGAAGUUGACUAUUUGUUGUAGUUUGUCUUUCUCGGAAAUUGAUUGCUCUAUAGGGAAUUUGAGGUGGCUGACUGACUUGAGACUUGAGUUAUGCCACAAACUUAGAAAAUUGCCUGAACAAAUUGGAGAGCUAUGGGAUUUGCGGCACCUCUCUCUUAAGUUAUGCGGUGGCUUGAGUGAACUCCCCGACUCAGUUUCGAAAUUAGAGUCGUUAACGAAGCUGGAUGUAUCAGGCACAGGAAUUACAAGAUUACCAGAUUCCAUUGGUAGACUAGCAAAGCUGUCAUCUAUAGAUUUAUCAAUCACACCAAUUGAAAAACUGCCCAGCACAAUGAGCGAGCUUUGUCAACUCCGAACACUGGACAUGGAUGGUUGUAAUGGGAUACAAGAGCUGCCGAUGCUCCCCAAAAGUUUGGCCACUUUAGUGUUGAGAUCUACUUCGUUGCUGACUGUCCCUAACCUCUCGUAUCUUACUAAUCUAGUUGAACUGAACCUAUCCGAUCGCUCUCAUUCAAUGGCCGGAUCAGAUAUAAUUCAAACUUGCGACUUACGGUGGAUCGGGAAGUUAUUCAAACUAAGCAAGCUGCGCUUUUGCUUUCCAAAUGUCCGCGCACCAACUAUUGAGUUGGGUUCCCUUUCUCGGCUGAAAGAAAUUACUCUAUAUGGACUGGACUUACCAACUUUCAAACAACUUCCAUCAAACUUGAUAGUUUUAGAGCUCUACGACACUCGAGGAAAACAAGUACACCUCGACGGGCUUCCUCCAUCGGAAAAGGAGACUGUUUCAUCAAGUUCGAGAAAAUUGAGAGAAAACAAGGUGCACGAGCAACAUGAUGUUCAAUUACUCGAUGUCUUAGAAUCGUCGGAGAGAUCACGUAUUCAGGACUGCAAAUCUUCCGAGAGGUUGGCUUGUCUUCCGGAGGAGCUGGGGUGCAAUGAACUACAAGCUCCCGAGUUGAUCGAUCAUUGGAGGGGAGCCUUCCAUUUCCCAAGCUCCCUAAACAUGCUUCAAAGAUUCGUUCUGUUGGGGUUCCCAGAGUUACAGGAUAUUCAAUUUGUUUCUACGUUGGAAUCAUUGGAAGAAUUUUACGUUGAAGAAUGCUCUUCAUUAAAAAGCUUAGGCGGUUUGUCAAACUUGAAGAAUUUGAAGUAUUUAAGUAUUAUCCGAUGCGUGAGCCUACAGGUUGUCGAGGGCAUUGAAAAAUUAGAGUAUUUGUAUUGGUUGAAAAUCGAGGAGUGCACAUCAAUGGAAAGGAUUCUUGAUGCAUCGACGAUACACAUAACAUGUAGUACUUCUUUUUCCCAACUCGAUCGGGUAGUCCAUCUUCCUCACGAUCCGUCAUCGAUCCCGAGAUCGUCAAGUACAACAGCAAGCAAUGAGGACCCAAGCCCCCUAAAGAUGCUUAAAAAAUUCCUUCUGUCAAGUUGCCCAAAGGUACAGGAUAUUCAAUUUGUUUGUACGUUUGAAUCAUUGGAAAAGUUUUCUGUUCAAGAGUGCUCUUCAUUAAAAAGCUUAGGCGGUUUGUCAACCUUGAAGAACUUGAAACAAUUAAAGAUUGACCAGUGCCCGAGCCUGCAGGUUGUCGAGGGCAUUGACGAAUUAGAGUUUUUGCGGUGGUUGGGAAUUUAUGGGUGCAGAUCAAUGGAAAGGAUUUUUUACGCAUCGAACUCAAAAAUACCGAAUGAGUGCUUGAUAAACAUAAAAGAUUGUGAGAAGUUACUCAAAAUUAGUUCAGAUCUUCAUUUCGAAUAUUGGGAGUCUUACAGAGAGAAGAUUCUGAAUGGAACAAAGGAAGCCCCGGACUCUGAAAUUGGAACAACGGACUCCGAAACAGAAACAGGGAAUCCUCUGCAGAAAACGGUGAGCCUUCUUCCUGUCCAUAGAUCAUCGCUGUUUCUUCUGCUUCGCUUGCUUUCUAUUUCUGCUUUAUUCUAGUGAAGAUAGACAAUGAACCGAUUCUAAAACGUGCAACCAGGGACAAUCUUUAUUAAAAUUCCCCAUCUUACUUGGAAUCUCCA